AUGGCUGCCGAGAAACCAGUUAUGAAUUCAACUUCUCCAGGACCCGACUUACAUUCUAAUGUCAGCACAGUCCGUGGUAGUGAGAGUGUGCAGGGAAAAGUAUCUGUGCCUCGACAUGAGGGGCUAUCACUCCAGUGGUCAACGCCCGGGCCAAACCCUGAUCAGCCGGAUUCGCAAACUACAAGCCCAAAAGAGGGAAUAACAUAUAUUGACAUUAUAUUCAUUCCUCGGCUAUUCGAUCUCUACCAGCAGCUUGACACCUUGCCAAAAUGGCUCUUAGAUUAUACGCGUUCCGCAAAUCUUAAUGUUAGGUUAUUUCGUUUCGAAUACGAUCCAAAUGAGGUUGUUCGCAGCCUCCAAUGUCGUCGUGUUAUUCGAAGACUAUCUCUAGAACUUCUAGAUAGUAUCGCAGGGCAGCGGAACGAUGAGGUCAAACGUGUUGUAAUGUUCGUAGCCUUUGAUAUCGGAGGGAUCAUCGUCAAAGAUGCACUAUCCCAAGCUUCUCAGGCCUUAGGCUCCUGGAUAGAAAUCUUAGAUCAUACUCGAAUGCUGGUUCUGAGCCACUGCCCACACCGAUGUAAGAGCCUGACGGGAAUGCAGGAUAGUCUAAGUCGGCUUCUUUUCACAUCACCGCCUGAGCUUGAAAUUCCUCUCCGUCCGUCAACAGCUGCGCUACCCGGGCUCGCCGCUGCUAUCGUCGAAAUCAACGGCUCUUUCAUAUCAUCCAAAGUGCUUCUUCGUACGCGACUCAUCAGUAUUUAUACUACUAUGCAGAUUUCUAGCGGGGUUCAUGAGUAUUUUAAUACAUUUACCCUAACUUUAGGGACACCAUUCGAAACGCGUAUACACGAAAAUACACAAAGUAACUUUGGCUUAAUACUGGGCAACCUAUUUCGCAACUUUGAACGGGUAACAAAAUUUGUCCCACGGCUCUUUGAUCAUGAACACACCCUGGUGUCUCUCGCAACGGCUGUUGAACCGUUUCGCACAGACUGCAACCUAAAGGCUCAGCUUCGUGGCUAUUCUACUUAUAGAGAAUGGUUUGAUAACCGCAGUGGCCAGCUACUCUACGCGCAUGGCAUUGAAAACAUUCAAGAAACUGCGGAGCAGGUAUUUUAUCAGCUGGAUGCGAUAAUAGCACCAACGGCUAUGACACAUGUUACACUUUACUUCACCUUUGAUCGUCAAGACAUAAGGCGAAACCGGUUGUCCCAGAUGCUCUUUACAUUUCUGGCCCAGAUUGUCUGCCAUCACCCAAGUCCGAGAUCUUCAGUAAUGACUUUAAAGUUUCUGGACACUGAACGAGCCUGGACCGAAAACGACCUUAUAUAUUGGCUCGAACAGGCUCUAUUGAGAUUCGAUGGCAUUCGUAUUGUCAUCAACGACUUUGAUGAGUGCGAUGCGAACUCUCGGAAAGCGUUUAUUCAAUAUGUCUCCCGUGCUGUGGUUAUUAAUGAAAAGACAUGGAAAGUAUUUGUAACCAGUCGAGCCGAUAAUCUAAGUGAUGAGUUAUCAGAAUGGCGAAGCCUCGAUCUUAGCUUAGCGCCUACAUCUGAUGAUAUUCAACUCGAUUCUUUGCAGGACACAGAAAAGAGGCAGCAAAUAAGCGAGGAUCUGCCCCAAUCAUACGACUUCGAUCAUAUUUCGUGGGAAAUUCCUUCGUGGUUCGAUGAUAUUGAUUUCCUAGCACGUUCGAUAAUCCAAGAGCAAUUGGUGCGAAGAACAGCGUUGAAUAGGAACGCUGCACCGGAUGACUUUCUCAGACCAACAGAUGACAUAACGGCCAAUACUCCUCCCGAAUUGAUUAUAGAUCGUAUACUCCGAAACAUUUCCGAUAAGCCACUGCUGCUACUAAUACUAUCCUGGAUUCUCUACUCAACCAAGCCAUUGUCUAUCUGGGAACUCGCCACGGUAGUAUUUAUCAGUCGUGAACAGGAUGGGGGAUCUGCUAGUCUACUCGAAAAGACAGACAUAGAAGUGAUCUUCCCAGAUUACUAUAGCUGGCUUGCUUGGCUGGCUGGUAUUAUCAGGAUUGAUAACAAUGAAAUUCAUGUGUCUAACCUUCGUAUAAGAGACAUAUUCAUGACACCCAAAGCAGAAGAAGGACCAACCUAUAUCUGGCAUGAGAUUGCCGCCGAUGCUCAUCAUCAAAUUGCUACUACUUGUCUAGCUUACCUCUCACGACCUAGUAUUCAAGAACGAUAUGUCGAGUUUAUCGACAGACAUGCGGAAAAUGACCCAUCUAUUAUAAUAUUAGAUGAUUCUCGUGAUUUGUUUUCCUAUGCGGUUGAAUACUGGUUUCAUCACUAUAUGCGAAUCCAAGAUCGUUUGGAAAAGAUCGGAAAGUUAGAUCAACUCUUCCAAGAAGUUGGAUUAAGACGUUGGCCAGAGGCUUUCUGGAUUUUCACACGCCCUGUCACUGUGAGUGAUAAUUGCUGGAAAACCCCCUUUCCACCACUUGCCAGUCUUGGGUGCCUGGAGGUUCGGCCAGAAAGUGACGAAGACUUGGAAGCGGGGAUACUUGAAGCAGCUCUCAACGGCCACGUGAAAGAGGUUCAAAAGCUCGUCAGGUCGAAAACAUGGGACCAAGAUGCCAUCUUGCGUUUUAUUGAAGCAGCAGGUCCAAGUGGUCAAGAGCAGCUGGUAAUCGAUCUUAUUAAUUACCUCGAACUCGAUUCUUAUGAUACUAUUAGCGAAUGGGGACCGUCGUUAUUGUAUAGAGCAGCGAGGUUAAACUUUGAUCAGCUUGCGGAAACCUUGCUAUCAAAGGGGUGUCCAAUCGACUGCAAUAGCCCGCUUACAGGCGACUCUUCGAUGGACCUUCUACGGGUUGCAUCAUCAUCUGGGCACCUCAAAACAGUCAGAGUUUUAGUCACGCACGGAGCUGACAUUAACUCUGGCUCUUUCGAUGGGAAUUCACUGACGUCGGCCAUUUUAGGAGGCCAUGUCGAAAUAAUAGAAUUUCUUGCCAAAGAAAAUAGGGAAAUUCUAGAACAUAGCAUUUACGACGGUGGCACUCCUAGGCCAUCUCCUUUGUGCUUUUCUUGCGGAUGGGGACGUCCAACAGCGGUACAAAAACUCCUCGAACUCGGAACGGAUCCAAAUAAACCGGACCCUGGUGGUAUGAAGCCGAUUGAAAUAGCCGCAAAGCAUAGAAAUGAGAGGUGUGUUGAGGCAUUGCUUAAUCAUGGUGUUGAUCCGGAUACUCCAAGUGGAAUAGGAAAGGGUACAUCUAUGCAUCAUGCUGUCGCCAAUGGGAGUGUGCAGAUAUGCCAAUUACUACUGGAACACGGCGCCGACCCUAAUAACCCGCUUCUUAAGUCACCGCUUUUACAUGGCGUGGUAAAUCGAACUUUACCUUUUACAACCGAACAGCGGAUCGGCCUCACAAGGCUUCUGGUUAAAUAUAACGUGAAUAUCAACGCUACAGAUGAGCAGAAAGCUACCCCAUUACUUAUCGCAAUCAGAAAUCAGUUUGAAGACCUUGCUAGGUGUCUCCUAGAGUAUGAGCCCGACGUUAAUCUCGCGGAUGUUGAUGGAAGAACACCAAUAUACGAGGCAGUACGGAAUCAAGACGAAGGUCUGGUGAAAUUAUUACUCGAGAGAGGCGCAGAUGUGAACGUCCAAACAACCCAAGGCCUAAUUCCUCUCCAUGUUGCCUCUUCAAGUACGCCUAUUACUCAGCUUCUGGUAGAGAAAACCAAUGAUCUUAAUCUCAAAAAUGAUAGUGGCCUUACACAACUGAUGUUCCUUGCAUCUAAAGGGUGGACAGCUUCUGUCAAAGUUCUCCUGGAACAUAAGGCCGACACUGAAAUCGAAGUUGAUCGAACAGCAACUAACUGGGUUGGAUAUACAGCGAUAUCUUUUGCUGCAUUCUACAACCAUCCAGAGACAAUAACUCUAUUAGCUUCUUACGGAGCAAACUUGAAUCACAAGGAGUCUAUUGGUCUCAACCCACUUCACCUCGCGAUUGAUGGGAUCGAUGGGAUCGAAGGCGGCUGCCUUCAAGCCUUGAUGGAGUUCCGUACGCGAAUAGACAUAGACCAAGUCGACAACGCAGGUGAGACUGCACUAGGCUUGGCGGCUUUCGAAAAUGAAUUGAAACCCAUACAACUAUUUGUUCGAGGAGGCUCGAACAUAAAUUCACAGGACAACAUGGGUCGAACAGCCUUGGCGAAAGCCAGCAAGGAGACAAUCGUAUCGUACCUCCUUGGGCAAGGCGCUGACCCUAAUAUGAGAGGGUUAGAUCCUACCGCCGCAGAUUCCCCUAUUCAUGAAGCCUGCGGUUACUCAUAUUUCGAAAUCGCAAAGCAACUACUUGAUUUCGGAGCCGAUAUAGAAACAAUGGCAGUAUCAGGCUAUGGCACGCCCCUAAUGAGAGCAUGCCUCCCGUGGGACGAUAGUAAAAAGGAAGACCCAGAAAGAUUGAUCAAGUAUCUCAUCGACCGAGGCGCGAAUGUAAAUGCUAAGAGCUAUUACGUUGGGAGCCCAGUAGCAGCCGCCGCCCUGGGAAUGAAAUCAAGUAUUGUCCAGUUACUAUUAGAAAAAGGAGUUUCCGUUAAUAGCGAGGAUGCCUUAGGCCGGAGACCAAUUCAUUUCGCUGCGCUUCAUAGUAUUGCUAAUUUCCGGAUCCUUGUCGAAGCAAAAGCUGAUAUCGAAGCAAAAGACAAGCUUCAUCGUGGUGUCUUGCAUUGGGCUGCCCAGGUCGGUGGCUUAGAGGUUAUCAAACAUAUCAUAGAACUUAAUCCUCAAGUAGAUGUGGACCAAAGGGACAUAGACGGGUGGACGCCUCUCUGUUGGGUCGCCAAGGGGGGAGGCAAUUGGCUAUUUGAGGAUAAUGCCAACGAUGCCGAGGACACCAUUGGGGUAACUAGGGCACUAUUAGAGCAACACGCUGAUCGAUCUAUUCAGUGCCCGGUUGGCAAUGAACUCUGGACUCCGCUUGAAAUGGCCUCCUAUUUUGGAGCCGAUCCUGGAGUUAUUGACCUCUUAAAAAAUGGGCUUGAAAAAGAAGAUCAGGGGCAAUCAUCGGAAGAUAUUCCAACCCCGAACGAAGAAAACCAACCAGGACUCCCAAGAGCGGCCCAUGUACACGAUGCUGCUUGGUGCGAUAGUUGUUUUCUGAAAGUUAAGGGUUUGUGUUACGCGUGCAAGACUUGCUUCAGCUAUAUACUCUGUCAGAAAUGCUAUGUCCAUUUGGAUAUUGUCCAUGAGUAUAAGCACGACCAUGAAUUUGAGGAGAGGGGGCCAGAAUACGACGCAAUAUCGGAGUCCAACGCGGACGAGGACGACCAAUCAGAGACAUCGUCAGUCACUGAAUCAAGCAUUGAUAACAGCGAAGAAAGUUCAGAAGAUACCAAAGAAGAGGAGGCAAGUGGUUCGGGUGAAGAGGAUUAAACUAGUCUAGUUAAGUAAAGUUUUCCGUUAGCAGUGUCGGUGGGUUCGGCCUUGUGUUUCCAAUGAUCUAUAUUUUCAUAAAGGCUAUGAUAAAGUAGCAUCGGAUACAGGAGGCUUGCCGGGUGCGUGGAUUUUCUCCCUUCUAC